UCAAUAACACUGGAGAUUUGAAGACGCGUCAUGGAGACAUGGGCCUAAUUGCAUGGGCCGUGCUCCUUAAAUUUGGGGCAAUCAUCCCAAGAUACUUCAAGCAUCAUCAUCCUCAAUGGUUUUAUCUUCACAUCCCGAUCCAGAUUGUGGGUUUUCUUCUGGGUCUUGCUUCUGUCGUCCCAGGAAGGACACUCUACAAUGGAUUGGAGUCCGAUCACAUUCUCAAAUUCAAGGUUCACAGACCCCUCGAAUCCUUGGUGUUUUUCCUUAGCAUUCUUCAGGUAAUGGCACUGAUUCUACGACUAGACAAGACAUCCAAACCGCGCAAGUACUGGAACUGGUAACAUCACUGGAUAGGGAGAAUUGCUCUCUUCUUGGGAGCACUGAAUAUUGUGAAUAGACUUUGAGUGGCAGAAGCAGGCUCGGGGUGGAAGACAGGAUAUGGGUUUCUUGUGCCCUUCAUUCUUGUAACAGUUAAGUGUCCUUGAGGCUGGGGAGAUCCAAG